AUGGCUGCUGGAGGUCAUGCUGCUGGCCAGGAUGCCGGCCAGGCCGUGGUGGAGGAGCUCCUGAGCGAGAUGGCCGCGGCGGUGCGGGAGAGCGCGCGCAUUCCUGAUGAGCAUCUGUUAUUGCUGAAGUUUGUCUUUGGCUCAUCAGCCCUCCAGGCCUUGGACCUAGUUGAUCGACAGUCCAUCACUUUAAUCUCAUCGCCUAAUGGGAGGCAUGUUUACCAGGUGCUUGGAAGUUCUGGUAAAACAUACACAUGUUUGGCUUCUUGUCAUUACUGUUCAUGUCCUGCGUUUGCCUUCUCCGUGCUCCGGAAGAGUGACAGCCUGCUGUGCAAGCAUCUCUUAGCAGUUUAUCUUAGUCAGGUUAUGGGGACCUGUCAGCCGCUAAGUGUUUCGGAUAAGCAAUUGACGGACAUAUUAUUGAUGAAGAAGAAACAAGAAGCAUAAAAGAGAUAUUGCAGAAGCAACUGACGUGGUGAACAAACAGAUGAAAAAAUCUUACAGCCUAGGAAACCUCAACCCUGUGUCCCCAAAGCAUGAGGUGCUAGCGAGUGAAUGCUGUGUGAGAAGGCCACGAUAUUGCAGUGUUCUGUGGUGGGCAGAACCUUUUGUUACAAUGAGAUGUGGCAAAUAAACUAUGAAGAUUUUUCUGCUACUUGGGGGGAAAAA